AUGACCAAAAAGGGGGUUAGGACCACUAGAAAUCUUGAUUCAAAAAUAAAAAAAGCUACUCUAGAGAAAAGAUUUCAAUCAUUGUGUAAGAAAGCAAAGGAGCUGUCCAUCCUAUGUGAUACAGAAGUAGGUAUUAUUGCUUUUAGUCAUGCAGAAAAUGAUAUUUUCGCUUGGCCAUCUGUAAUCCAGGCCAUAGAUCGGGUCAAGAAUUAUUUAGCUUGUGUUGAAACCAAAAAGCCAGUUAAGUUUCAAAAGCAUGAAACUUAUCUACAAUCAAUAUUGGAUGCACAAGAAAAAUAUAUUGAUCAGAUGGAGCAAAAUGUUGAGAAGAUAGAAAUGGAGAACCUCUUCAGAGAACUUGUUAAUGCAAGAAAAAGAUUUGAUGAACUUGAGGAUAGAGAAAUUAAAGGUUUGUUAAAGUUAUUUGCAGUUAAGAGGACCAAACUUGAAGAAAAGAAGAAACAACUGAAACAAAAUAUUUAGCAUGAAGUUGGUUCCAAUGACAAAAUAAUGAAGAGGAGAAUGAUGGACAUGAGAGGAGAAUGAUGGACAUACUUAGGAUGUUCAUUGAGUAUGUAAUGUUUUUAAUUUUUUCUUUUUUAUCAUUGUUAUGACUUCUUGCCUUUCAAUUGCAUUUCCUAGUUAUGAAUUUAUUUCUAGUAGUUCAUGUUAUUUUAUUGUUGUUCUUGUAAUGAUAUAUGAAGGGUAUUCUAU